AUGCUUUACUUGAGGUUUGAUCGCUGUUGUAAUAUGAAACAGAAUUCUUCAAGAUUAGCUGGAAAUCCCAACUGGGGAACAGCAACUGUUGUUGGGAUAUUUGCUGGAAUGCUCUAUGGAGGGAGCAAAGAGGCUUCUGCUUCUGUGAGCAAGGAUGCAGAAGUGAUGUUGAAGAUGGGUAGUACACAGGAUAAGCGAGAACAACACAGGCUGAUGCGAGAUGCAAUGGAGAAAAGAUUCACCCGAGUAACUCGUGGCUCCCUCAUUGGAGGGAUGCGCCUUGGAAUGUUCACCGCCUCCUUCUUUAGUCUACAGAACUUUUUAGCUGAGACGCGAGGAGUUCAUGAUGUUUUCAAUGUCGUGGGCGCUGGUUCAGCAACUGCUGCAAUGUUCGGCCUAAUCAUGCCGGGGUCUCUUGCUUGGCGUGCGCGUAAUGUGUUGCUCGGUUCAGUUCUUGGAGCUACUGUCUGCUUCCCUCUUGGUAAUUACUUUGCAUCUUGCAUUAACGUUUCUCACAAGUUGCUACCAUACGAGAGGGGAGAGAGAGGAGUAUUUGAAAUUGGCAUUAAACUAAGCGCAAGCCGUAUUAUUUCGACAGGUUGGUUACAACUGAAGCUCAUGGAGAAAGCAAACGAAGGCAACAAAGAAGACACGAGCCACCAUGGCGAGGUCACGAGCGGUGUUGGUGCAGCUAUUGAGAGACUCGAACAACAGUUGAGAAAAUAA